AUUGGUCCUCCACUGACAGGUUUCUAUCAAGAAUUGGCAAGAAGUGGCAGCGUUCAAACAAACACAACACUGCAUCAGUAGUAAAUGUUGGCUCCGGGGAGGGAGUGGGGCGAAGGCUCCUCCACUUGGUUGACUGUUCACUCCCCCAUCCCCAGUACCCUCCAACAGCUCCACUAAUAGCACCCUCCUAACCGCUAGCUGCAGAGACACCAUGCAAAUAUAUACAAAGCAGCUUGUGUUUUGGAUUCGUUCGGUGUUCCUAGCAAUUUCGUGAAGAUGCGCGUGUCCCCAAAACUGUGAAAAGCUUUGAGAGAGGACAUCUGAGAGGAAAAUAAACGACGACCGAUCGGAUCCAACUGUUAACCUCGCUAGAACUCUACAAAGAUGCCUGAGGUUCGAGAGCUUUCUGAAGCUUUGCCUGAAAUGCCCAUGGACCCAAUCACUGGAGUCGGCGUUGUAGCCUCCAGGAACAGGGCGCCCACUGGAUAUGAUGUGGUCUCUACAACAACAGACGGCCUUGAUGCUGACCUGUGGAAAGAUGGCCUGUUCAAAUCCAAGGUGACCCGUUACCUAUGCUUCACCAGGGUCUUCUCAAAAGAAAAUAGCCAUUUGGGCAAUGUUCUUGUGGACAUGAAGCUGAUUGAUAUAAAGGACACUCUGCCUGUUGGUUUCAUUCCAAUCCAAGAGACUGUUGACACUCAGGAGCAGGCCUUCAGGAAGAGGCGACUCUGCAUCAAGUUUAUUCCUCGGGACUCCACAGAGGCAGCUAUUUGUGACAUCCGCAUCCUGGGACGCUCCAAACAGGCUCCUCCCCAGUACACUUUUAUAGGAGAGCUCAACAACAUGGGAAUCUGGUAUCGCAUGGGGAAUGUACCUCGGGCCCAGGACUCCACACACACACCAACUACCAACAACAUCCAGAAUAUGAACUCCUGCUCCAGCUCAGCACCAGUCCCAGCAGCUCCUAUGCCCAAGCAUAUUUCUAUGACUCUCCCAGCCAGCUUCAGAGGGAAGAACACUACUAGACCAGACUAUGAACACCAGAACUCCAACCUGUAUGCAAUCUCAGCAAUGGAUGGAGUGCCCUUCAUGAUCUCAGAGAAGUUUGCCUGUGCCUCGUCUGACCUGCAGCAGGUGGAUCUGAUGGGUAUAACAAUCAAGUCACUGGCUGAGAUUGAGAAAGAGUAUGAUUACAGUUUCCGCACAGAACACAGUGCAGCAGCUCGCCUCCCUCCCAGUCCGACGCGGACCUCCCUGAGCUCUGAGGCCUGAGGAUCCUCUCCUAACAUCUCGCUAACAACACUUUCCCCUAUGGACCCCAACAGGAGAGACCUGUACACAACUACUGAGGACCUCCACACAACUAACAGUCCCAAACACAUGAACUGAGAAAAGAAAAAAAAACGACAGAUUCUGUGGGUCUGACUGAAACCAUUUUAACAUUGAUGAGUGGCUUAUGAGAGGGAAUUUUCUCUCCAGAGGGAAAAUGGAGAGAAAUAUCACUCAUAUGAUUUAAAAAUACAUUUAUUUUCCCAUACAGCCUUGAGUGUUGUUCCCUGUAAUACACAUAACCACUCCACAUCUGAAGGACUUGUUACACACAAGAGAAAUGGAUGAAAAGGAUACUUAAUUCUGAUGGAGGGCACCUGUUAGGCCUUUUCACUCUGAUGUAGAAUGAGAGUCUGAGAGCAGCCAUCAUAUUUGCCUUUCUUGUUCAUGACAGACCUGCUGCUCUGUCAUUGGCCACAAUCAAGGCACCAGGAAGGACCAUCAUCCCACUUCAUGUGAUGGAAAUACAAAAGGAAAACAUUGUGUCAUGUCAUUUUCAAGCAUAUACCGGUCUUCUUAAUAGGAAAGAUUAUUAUUGUUCUCUAGAUGUUACUGUAAUAUACUGGUGCGUCUGUGAGUGCACACUGUGUUGGGAAUUUCAGUGCACUGCCUUUUUGUUACAGAUGUCCUGUUAACCACUCCUUCACUGUCUGUAUGAGCCAGCUACUCUGACUACACAUAGAACCACUGUUACUGCUCAGAGGUUGCUGAACCCUGACACAGGUUAUUGCUGGACUACGUCUACCACUAUUCUUGUGAUUUUUAUCCACCACUAAAUGACUUCUAUUUUUUAGGGCUGGGUAUCAUUUGUCAAUAUUAGGGAUGAUAAUUGAUGAUAAUGCCACCUGAGUUGGUACUAAAACAAUCCUUUUUAUGAUACCAUGAGCCUUGCUUCCACCUAAGUGGUUCCAUCAUAGUACCCUCUUACUGUACCUUGUGCAAGAUCUUUUUUGGUGUUUUCACCACAGACAGUUCUUC